UGGGCUCAUUGAGGCGAGGAGGAAGAACUGGGGCUAAAGGGAAGGUGCCCAGGAAGGGGAGCGCUGCUCCCGUCGUGGGUCAAGCCAGCACCGACGGGAAGGGGUCGGGGGGGGGGGGGCGUGAAGGAGGAAGUGAAACGGGUUCUGGGUUCUUUAAGGGAGUGGGCGGUGAGAGUGGGACAAGGGUGAUGUCACCGCCUGGCGGGCCCCGCCCUCCUCCCUCCCGAAGGACCCCCCCCGUAUUUUUACACACGCCGCUUCCGCUGCGCAAGUAGCCACGUCACGGGCAACCCCCGAAAUCCCCCCUCCCUUGGGGGGCGGGGGCCACGUGGGCCGUGGGGAACCGCGUGGCCCCGGCGGGGAAGGGCAUAGAGGAUACGGGAGCCACGCGAGAGGGGCCACUCGGGACCGCGGUGCGCGACUUCUUAGAAGUUGGGGGAUUACAGGAGGGUUUUGGGGUUCGGUUGAUAUUGAAGACCUACAGAGCCAGGGGAAGCGGAGGAGCUGAAGCAACUGGGCUGUUACUGAGGCGGAGACACGGGUGAUGAUUGGCUUUCUGGGGAGAGAGGAAGUUCUGUGAUUGGUCAGGUCUCCCGAGCUCGCCGACGCCGGGAGAGGACGCUCCCACGGAGGCAGGAAUUUGUUGUGAAGGGCCCUGGACAACCAUCUGGGGGCAGUGGGCACUCCUGUCAGAGCGGCUGGAGCGGGACCAUCGCCCCAGGGAGCUGGGGCAGGGGGCUGUGCCCGAUCUCCAGGGCUCCUGGGGCCACUGCUGACCUGGCUGGAUGCAUCGUGCAGUGGACCCUCCAGGGGCCCGCGCUGCACGGGAAGCCUUUGCCCUUGGGGGCUUGAGCUGUGCUGGGGCCUGGAGCUCCUGCCCGCCCCAUCCCCCUCCUCGGAGCGCAUGGCUGCCUGGAGGCAGGUGCUCUGCCAGCAUUGGGCAGCCCCCACUCUCUGCUCCCCUACCCCCUUCACAUGGCAGUAGCUCUGGGCACCCCAACAAACCGUAUUAUGUUCCAGGGACACCCACCCCAAGACCCCUCCAUGGGAAGCUGGAAUCCCUGCAUGGCUGUGUGCAGGCAUUGCUCCGGGAGCCCGCCCAGCCAGGGCUGUGGGAGCAGCUUGGGCAGCUGUACGAGUCAGAGCACGACAGUGAGGAGGCUAUACGCUGCUAUCACAGCGCCCUUCGAUAUGGAGGAAGCUUGGCUGAGCUGGGGCCCCGUGUCGGCCGACUACAGCAGGCCCAGCUCUGGAACUUUCAUGCCGGCUCCUGCCAGCACCGACCCAAGGUCCUGCCCCCUCUGGAGCAAGUGUGGAACUUGCUGCACCUUGAGCACAAAUGGAACUAUGGGGCCAAGCGGGGGGGUCCCCCAGUGAAGCGAGCCGCUGAACCCCCCGUGGUGCAGCCUGUGCCCCCUGCAGCACUCUCAGGGCCCUCGGGGGAGGAGGGCCUCAGCCCUGGAGGCAAGCGCAGGAGGGGCUGCAACUCUGAGCAGACUGGCCUUCCCCCAGGGCUGCCGCUGCCUCCGCCGCCAUUACCACCCCCCCCACCCCCACCCCCUCCACCCCCACCCCCACCCCUGCCUGGCCUACCCACCAGCCCUCCGUUUCAGCUGCCCAAGCCAGGGCUGUGGAGUACCCUGCAUGGAGAUGCCUGGGGCCCCGAGCGCAAGGGUUCAGCACCCCCAGAGCGCCAGGAGCAGCGGCACUCGCUGCCUCACCCGUUUCCAUACCCAGCUCCGGCCUACCCUGCGCACCCCCCUGGCCACCGGCUGGUCCCAGCUGCACCCCCAGGCCCAGGCCCAGGCCCCCGCCCCCCAGGAGCAGAGAGCCAUGGCUGCCCGCCUGCCACCCGUCCCCCCGGAAGUGACCUUAGAGAGAGCAGAGUUCAGAGGUCGCGGAUGGACUCCAGCGUUUCACCAGCAGCAACCACCGCCUGCGUGCCUUACGCCCCUUCCCGGCCCCCCGGCCUCCCCGGCACCAGCAGCAGCAGCAGCAGCAACACGGGUCUCCGGGGCGUGGAGCCGAGCCCAGGCAUCCCCGGCGCUGACCAUUACCAAACUCCCGCGCUGGAGGUCUCCUCUCACCAAGGCCGCCUGGGGCCCUCGGCGCACAGUAGUCGGAAGCCGUUCCUGGCGGCUCCUGCCGCCACUCCCCACCUGUCCCUGCCACCUGGCCCCUCCUCACCUCCUCCACCCCCUUGUCCCCGCCUCUUACGCCCCCCACCCCCUCCUGCCUGGCUGAAGGGCCCAGCCUGCCGGGCAGCCCGAGAGGAUGGAGAGAUCUUAGAGGAGCUCUUCUUCGGGGCUGAGGGACGCCCCCGCCCUCCGCCCCCACCCCUCCCCCACCGCGAGGGCUUCUUGGGGCCUCCGGUCCCCCGCUUUUCUGUGGGCACUCAGGAUUCGCACACCCCUCCCACUCCCCCAACCACCAGCAGCAGCAGCAGCAACAGUGGCAGCCACAGCAGCAGCCCCACUGGGCCUGUGUCCUUCCCCCCGCCUCCCUAUCUGGCCAGGAGUAUGGACCCCCUUCCCCGGCCCCCCAGCCCAACACGGAGCCCCCAGGACCCACCUCUUGCACCCCUGACUCUUGCCCUGCCUCCAGCCCCUCCCUCCUCUUGCCACCAAAAUACCUCAGGAAGCUUCAGGCGCCCGGAGAGCCCUCGGCCCAGGGUCUCCUUCCCAAAGACCCCCGAGGUGGGGCCAGGGCCAUCCCCAGGCCCCCUGAAUAAAGCCCCCCAGCCUGUGCCGCCCAGGGUUGGGGAGCUGCCUGCCCGAGGCCCUCGACUCUUUGAUUUCCCCCCUACCCCGCUGGAGGACCAGUUUGAGGAGCCAGCUGAAUUCAAGAUCCUACCUGAUGGCCUGGCCAACAUCAUGAAGAUGCUGGACGAAUCCAUUCGCAAGGAGGAGGAGCAGCAACAGCAGGAGGCAGGCGUGGUCCCCCCGCCUCCCCUGAAGGAGCCCUUUGCAUCUCUGCAGCCUCCAUUCCCCACUGACACAGCCCCAGCCACCACUGCUGCCACCACCGCCACCACCACCACGGCCACCCAGGAAGAGGAGAAGAAGCCACCACCAGCCCUGCCACCACCGCCGCCUCUAGCCAAGUUCCCCACCCCACCCCCGCCACAGCCGCUGCCACCCCCACCACCCCCACCAGCCAGCCCGGCCACCCUGCUCAAGUCCUUGGCCUCCGUGCUGGAGGGACAGAAGUACUGUUACCGGGGGACUGGAGCAGCUGUUUCCACCCGGCCUGGGCCCCUGCCCACCACUCAGUAUUCCCCUGGUCCCGCAUCAGGUGCUACCGCCCCGCUGCCCACCUCAGCGGCCCCGAGCGCCCAGGGCUCCCCACAGCCCUCCGCUUCCUCGUCAUCUCAGUUCUCUACCUCAGGCGGGCCCUGGGCCCGGGAGCGCAGGGCGGGCGAAGAGCCAGCCCCGGGCCCCGUGACCCCCGCCCCGCCGCCCCCACCCCUGCCUCUGCCCCCUGCUCGCUCUGAGUCUGAGGUGCUAGAAGAGAUCAGUCGGGCUUGUGAGACCCUCGUGGAGCGGGUGGGCCGGAGCGCCACAGACCCGGCGGACUCAGUGGACACGGCAGAGCCAGCGGACGGUGGGGCUGAGCGACUGCUGCCCCCAGCUCAGGCCAAGGAGGAGGGGGGUGGGGCGGCGGCGGGCCCCGGGGGCAGCAGGCGGCGGCAGAAGGAGCACCAGAAGGAGCACCGGCGGCACAGGCGGGCCUGUAAGGACAGUGUGGGGCGGCGGCCCCGUGAGGGCAGGGCCAAGGCCAAGGCCAAAGCCCCCAAAGAAAAGAGCCGCCGAGUGCUGGGGAACCUGGACCUGCAGAGCGAGGAGAUCCAGGGUCGUGAGAAGGCCCGACCGGAUAUCGGCGGGGCCUCCAAGGCCAAGCCACCCACAGCUCCGGGCCCUCCUCCAGCUCCUGCGCCCUCUGCCCAGCCCACACCCCCGGCGGCCCCUGUCCCUGGGAAGAAGGCGCGGGAGGAAGCUCCAGGGCCACCGGGUGUCAGCCGGGCUGACAUGCUGAAGCUGCGCUCACUGAGUGAAGGGCCCCCCAAGGAGCUGAAGAUCCGGCUCAUCAAGGUAGAGAGUGGUGACAAAGAGACCUUCAUCGCCUCGGAGGUGGAAGAGCGGAGGCUGCGGAUGGCGGACCUCACCAUUAGCCACUGCGCUGCCGAUGUUGUGCGUGCCAGCAAGAAUGCAAAGGUGAAAGGGAAGUUUCGAGAGUCCUACCUUUCCCCUGCCCAGUCUGUGAAACCGAAGAUCAACACUGAGGAGAAGCUGCCCCGGGAAAAACUCAACCCACCAACACCCAGCAUCUAUCUGGAGAGCAAACGGGAUGCCUUCUCGCCGGUGCUGCUGCAGUUCUGUACAGACCCUCGAAAUCCCAUCACCGUGAUCCGCGGUCUGGCAGGCUCCCUGCGGCUCAACUUGGGCCUCUUCUCCACCAAGACGCUGGUGGAGGCGAGUGGGGAGCACACGGUGGAGGUGCGCACGCAGGUGCAGCAGCCCUCAGAUGAAAACUGGGACCUGACGGGCACACGACAGAUCUGGCCCUGCGAGAGCUCCCGUUCCCACACCACCAUUGCCAAGUAUGCGCAGUACCAGGCCUCCUCCUUCCAGGAGUCCUUGCAGCAGGAGGAGAAGGAGAGUGAGGACGAGGAGUCCGAGGAGCCGGACAGCACCACGGGCACGCCUCCUAGCAGCGCACCGGACCCGAAGAACCAUCACAUCAUCAAAUUUGGCACCAACAUCGACCUGUCCGAUGCUAAGCGGUGGAAGCCCCAGCUGCAGGAGCUGCUGAAGCUGCCCGCCUUCAUGCGGGUAACCUCCACGGGCAACAUGCUGAGCCACGUGGGCCACACCAUCCUGGGCAUGAACACGGUGCAACUGUACAUGAAGGUCCCUGGCAGCCGAACCCCAGGCCAUCAGGAGAACAACAACUUCUGCUCGGUCAACAUUAAUAUUGGCCCAGGAGACUGCGAGUGGUUCGCGGUGCACGAGCACUACUGGGAGACCAUCAGCGCCUUCUGCGACCGGCACGGCGUGGACUACCUGACGGGUUCCUGGUGGCCAAUCCUGGAUGACCUCUAUGCUUCCAACAUCCCUGUGUACCGCUUCGUGCAGCGUCCCGGAGACCUUGUGUGGAUUAACGCGGGGACCGUGCACUGGGUGCAGGCCACCGGCUGGUGCAACAACAUCGCCUGGAACGUGGGGCCCCUCACCGCCUAUCAGUACCAGCUGGCCCUGGAACGAUACGAGUGGAACGAGGUGAAGAACGUCAAAUCCAUUGUGCCCAUGAUUCACGUGUCCUGGAACGUGGCUCGCACUGUCAAGAUCAGCGACCCCGACUUGUUCAAGAUGAUCAAGUUCUGCCUCCUGCAGUCCAUGAAGCACUGCCAGGUGCAGCGGGAGAGCCUGGUGCGGGCCGGAAAGAAAAUCGCCUACCAGGGCCGGGUCAAGGACGAGCCCGCCUACUACUGCAACGAGUGCGACGUGGAGGUGUUCAACAUCCUGUUCGUGACGAGCGAGAACGGCAGCCGCAACACGUACCUGGUGCACUGCGAGGCGUGCGCGCGGCGGCGCAGCGCGGGCCUGCAGGGCGUGGUGGUGCUGGAGCAGUACCGCACCGAGGAGCUGGCGCAGGCCUACGACGCCUUCACGCUGGCCCCCGCCAGCGCGUCGCGAUGAGGCCGGACGCCCCGCCCGCCCGCCGGGCGCCGCGGGGCCACCAGCACACGCCUGGGCUGGACCUAGGUCCCGCCUCUGGCCGGGAAGGGGGUCGGGCCCAGCCCUUCCACCCCAUUGGCAGCUCCCCUCACUUAAUUUAUUAAGAAAAAGAAUUUUUUAAAAAACAAAUAAGAGGAAAAAAGGAAAAAAAAAAAAAGGGAGACGGGGGAGGGGGCUGGCAGCCCCUCGCCCACCAGCGCCUCCCCUCACCGACUUUGGCCUUUCUAGCAACAGACACAAGGACCAGGCUCCGGCGGCGGCGGGGGUCACAUACGGGUUCCCUCACGCCUGCCAGCCGCCCGCCCGGCCGGCGCAGAUGCACGCGGCUCGUGUUGUACAUAGACGUUACGGCAGCCGAGGUUUUUAAUGAGAUUCUUUCUAUGGGCUUUACCCCUCCCCCAGAACCUCCUUUUUUACUUCCAAUGCUAGCUGUGACCCCUGUACAUGUCUCUGUUUAUUCACUUGGUUAUGAUUUGUAUUUUCUGGUUUGUUUGUUUUGUUUUUUGGUUUUUAAUUUAUAACAGUCCCACUCACCUCUAUUUAUUCAUUUUUGGGAAAACCCGACCUCCCGCACCCCCAAGCCAUCCCGCCCGCCCCUCCGGGGACCGCCCACCGCCGGGCUCUCCCUGCGCCCCAGUGUGUGUCCGGGCCCGGCCCGUCCGUCUCCGCCCGUCCGCCCGCCCGCCAGCGGCUCCAGCCGGGUUCUCAUGGUGCUCAAACCCGCUCCCCUCCCCUACAUCCUGCACUUUCUCGGACCAGUCCCCCACUCCCGACCCGACCCCGACCCCGCCUGAGGGUGAGCGACUCCUGUACUGUAGGGGAAGAAGUGGGAACUGAAAUGGUAUUUUGUAAAAAAAUAAUAAUAAAUAAAUAAUUUUUUUUUAAAGUUUUAAAGAAGGAACUAUGAGGAAAAGGAACCCCGUCCUUCCCAGCCCCGGCCAAUUUUAAAAACACGGACCUUCCCCUCACCCCCCCCACCCCCCUUUUCUUUAUAAGCGUGAAACAGCCCAGGGCCAGGGCCUCACUGGGGCAGGGACACCCCGGGAUGAGUUUCUCUGGGGCUUUAUUUUCGUUUUGUCGUUUGUUUUUUUCUCCUCCACGCUGGGGCUGCGGAGGGGUGGGGGGUUUACAGUCCUGCCCCCUCGCACUGCACUGUCUUUCUGCCCCAGGGGCAGAGGGGUCUUCCCAACCCUACCCUUAUUUUCGGUGAUUUUUGUGUGAGAAUAUUAAUAUUAAAAAUAAAAUCAGGAAAAAAAAGUCCAGUUUCGCUAACGUGUUGGUGGUAGCAGGGAGAGCACUGGGAGGAGGGCGGCGAGACCGUGAUUGAUGGGGAGGGACUGCGCAGACCCCGCGGAGGGGAGCCCCUCCCCGGAGGCGCCUGUGGAAUGUCCAGAGCUCCGGUCGCUCC